GCGGUCAAUAAUGCCGAGCCGAGUGAGUGGAGUCUGAGAGAGUCUCACGGAGGGAAUCCGAGAGAAUGUGAGGCCAGCAACAUGGAAAGGGAAGGUGGGAAGCCUGCGGCUGUUGUCGCGGUUGUGACUGAGCCUCGGUUUACCCAGCGAUACAGGGAAUAUCUCGAGAAGCAGAAACUCCUGGAUAGACGGCACCGUGUAGAAAAGAUGCCUGAUGGCACGGUGGCGCUGCCGGUGCUGGGAGAGACUCUCCCUGAGCAGCACCUUCAAGAGCUGAGGGAUCGUCUGGCUCCAGGCAGCACCUGUAUAGUAACGCAGCUCCUGGAUCCUGUUCCCUCAAAGAAGGCCCAGGGUUGUUCACCUGCCCAAAGGCUGUGUCUUGAAGUUAGUCGCUGGGCAGAGGCCCGGGGAGUGACGUGGUCACCUGAGUUGGAAGCUGAUUUGCCCAGGUCUUGGCAACGACAUGGUGACCUCUUGUUGCUGAGCGAGGACUGUUUCCAAGCCAAGCGAUGGAAAAGUCUGGAACCAGAACUCUGGGAGACUGUUGCGUCUGCACUUGGCGUCUGUCGUGUGGCCAAACGAGGGCGGGUGUCACCAGAUGGCACUCGAACACCAGCAGUGAGUCUGCUGCUGGGCGACCAUGGCUGGGUGGAGCAUGUGGAUAACGGGAUCCGAUAUAAGUUUGACGUGACCCAGUGCAUGUUCUCCUUCGGAAACAUCACUGAGAAGCUUCGAGUGGCAUCGCUGCCCUGUGCUGGAGAAGUGCUGGUGGAUCUCUAUGCAGGGAUUGGUUAUUUUACAUUGCCCUUCCUAGUCCAUGCUGGUGUUACCUUCGUCCAUGCCUGUGAGUGGAACCCCCAUGCUGUAGUUGCUCUGAGAAAGAACCUUGAUAUCAAUGGAGUGGCAGAUCGGUGCCAAAUACACUUUGGGGAUAACAGAAAACUGAAGCUCUCAAACAUUGCAGACAGGGUGAACCUGGGACUGAUACCCAGUUCUGAAGAAGGCUGGCCCAUUGCCUGCCAAGUGCUAAGACGGGAUGCAGGGGGCAUUUUGCAUAUCCACCAAAAUGUGGAAUCUUAUCCAGGCAAGAAUCUCCAGCCUCCUGGAAGCGGUGAAAUGGAGAAGGAGCAUCGGCCUUAUCCUCAGCAAAUUAUCACCAACCAAUGUACGAAUGGAGCAACCAGGGAUUCUAGGAGAAGAACGCUAUCAGCAGCCACCAAACCAGAGUGGCAGAGGUGGGCGGAAUCUGCAGAAACCCGUAUUGCUACCCUUCUUCAGCAGGUGCACGGGACACCGUGGAAGACACAAAUCCUGCACAUCCAACCAGUGAAAUCCUAUGCUCCCCACGUGGAUCAUAUAGUGUUGGAUUUGGAAUGCCGCCCUUGUCCUCUAGUUGGCUAGAGAAGGUGGAUCCUGAGACACAAGGAUCUACAUUUUUCUCCGACCACUUGCUGGAUUGGCCUGGUCAGGAAGAGGCAUCUGAUGGAACCAAGGAAGAACCACUGAGAGGAUCGGGAGGCUCAUGGAGCGUUUGUCACCCCCGUCCAGGAAUGUGUGCUGAAGGCUUCCCUUGUGCGCGCCAGUGUUAGUUGCCGGGUAAGGCGCCCACUUGAUGGAGAGGUUGUGAUUAAAAAGCAGUAAUGAUAAUUUUAUUAAACUCCCUCA